AUGCUGAUGAUGCUCGUGUCGGAUGGGGAGAAGCAAUACAGGGAGAGUGAGAGCUAAAAAACAGAGAAAGGCCCCACUGACAGAGGGACUGCUAUCCUCGCGGCCACAAGUCAAGGGAAGCGAACGGAUUAAAGCCAGGCGGCUCGAGACGAUGACUACGCGCGCGGUACCCGAGGCGACGGGAGGAGAGCGCGAGGAGAUGCUGUAAUGCGCUGCACAUAGCCAGCGCGAGCGAGCGCGAGGGAGGGGAGAGGAGACGGAGAGGAGGCUCCUACUCUAGUUAAAGAUGCUCGCUUUUUGACCAGGAAUGUGUUCCGCGCGAAUAAAGCCUGGGAUUUCUGCGCAAACACUAUAGCUUGCAAUAGCGCAAUGCACUCUUGGAUUAAUUGACGGAUUCAUGUGACGGAAGACACCGAGGCUUUCUUUCGCGAAAGGGUGGCUGUUUUCUCCCGUACAGUUCUCCCAUAUUUCCGGAUGUGAGGCCUGGAAGAUACCGUAGUUUAUAUCAGGCACAGGACGCUCAUCCUUCACAUCCAAACAUUUAUCAAAACAAAGCGAAACACUUUGAAGAGUCAGUGACAAAAGAAAGAGACACUUAGAAUAAUAUGCGUAAGGUGUCACAAACCGGAUGUGCGGUUCUUUCGCAGAAUAAAUGUGGCCAAGUUUUUAAUUAAUAAAUAGGCCUAGGUCACUUGCAGUUUGACAAUAACUACAUGACUACAUGACUACAUGAAUAUUUAUUUUAAAGAUAAAAGACCGGCGAAAAUAAACUGAUGACCGAACCAGGCUACCUAAUACUCCUGUUAUCUUUAUCUGUCUUCAGCAUUCAUAAUCAUUAUACUGUCGUUCGCAGCUAUUAUCUGAUCUAGACAUAUUGUAUCUUCCCAUAUACUGACAGAUUUAAUCGUGUCCCCUCAUCAUUCUUCCAGCAGCAGCUGCAACCACAGGCCAUGUAAAUCGCAAUAACAGCUACAGUUUGGCGUAUAGGCUCGGCUGGACAUGCAUUUCUCUGUUCACUUUUGAUAUUUUCUAACGGAACAUGUUACCGAUCCGUUUCCACGAAGUUUAAGGAGACGCGGCAGAUGUUUGGGAGUAGGCCACGGCACUGACAGCACGCCUCAGCAUCCCUGUGUCAUCGCUCACUGUCUGUGAUGUCUGUGCGGCGGAGCUAUUGCGUGAGCAGGACAGAUGCCAGUGGAUACAUUGUGAGAAUACACUGAUUACCCCCUUUAUAUUGUGACACAAAACCGCGUUCGAACGAAAUGUCCAGUAAGGAGUUGUCGGGCAGUCAGGCAGCUCAGUACGUCGGGCCCUACCGACUGGAGAAGACGCUGGGGAAGGGCCAGACAGGUCUGGUGAAGCUAGGAAUUCAUUGUAUCACAGGACAGAAGGUGGCCAUAAAGAUAGUUAACAGAGAAAAGCUAUCAGAGUCUGUUCUUAUGAAAGUGGAGAGAGAGAUAGCUAUUCUUAAACUAAUAGAGCACCCUCAUGUCCUAAAACUGUAUGAUGUGUACGAGAAUAACAAAUAUCUGUAUCUAGUGCUGGAACAUGUAUCUGGUGGGGAGCUGUUUGACUAUCUGGUAAAGAAAGGCAGAUUGACCCCUAAAGAGGCUAGAAAGUUCUUCAGACAAAUCAUAUCUGCUCUGGACUUCUGUCACAGUCACUCUAUAUGCCACAGAGAUCUUAAGCCUGAAAACCUCCUGCUGGAUGAGAAGAAUAAUAUCAGGAUUGCUGACUUUGGCAUGGCCUCCCUACAGGUUGGGGACAGUCUGCUGGAGACCAGCUGUGGAUCACCCCAUUAUGCAUGUCCUGAGGUCAUCAGGGGAGAGAAAUAUGAUGGACGUCGGGCAGAUGUGUGGAGCUGUGGGGUUAUUCUCUUUGCUCUGUUGGUGGGAGCGUUGCCCUUUGACCAUGAUAACCUGCGUCAGCUAUUGGAGAAGGUGAAGAGUGGAGUAUUUCACAUGCCUCACUUCAUUCCUCCAGACUGCCAGGCUCUCCUCCGUGGCAUGAUUGAGGUCAACCCUGAGAAACGGCUCACGUUGGAAGAAAUACAAAAGCACCCUUGGUAUCAAGGGGGCAGGAACGAGCCGUGUCCAGAGCAGCCACCCCCGAGGCGUGUGUGUGUGAAGAGGAUUCUGUCUCUUACAGAUCUGGACCCUGAUGUUCUGGAGAGUAUGCACUCCUUGGGCUGCUUCAGAGACCGUGUCAAGCUCACCAGAGACCUGCAGUGUGAAGAAGAAAACCAGGAGAAGUUGAUCUACUAUCUGCUGUUGGACAGAAAGGAGCGCUACCCUAGUUAUGAAGAUGAACAUCUUCCACCCAGAAAUGAUAUUGAUCCUCCCCGUAAGCGGGUGGACUCGCCCAUGUUGACCCGUCAUGGGCGCUGUCGGCCGGAGAGAAAGAGUCUGGAGGUACUGAGUGUGACAGAGCAGGGCUCUCCAACACCUCCCCGCAGAGCACUGGAUACCUCUGCACAUAGCCAGAGGUCUCGGUCAGUUAGCGGAGCUUCAACCGGCCUCUCAUCCAGUCCCCUCAGCAGCCCUCGAGUAAGUGACUCCACACCUUUAACUGAUAUUGGAUUAGAAAGUCCAGAGUCCAGCCCAGAGCUGGCAAAGAAGUCAUGGUUUGGAAAUUUCAUCAGUCUGGAGAGGGAAGAGCAAAUAUUUGUGGUGAUCAGAGACAAACCACUAAGCUCAAUCAAGGCUGAUAUUGUCCAUGCCUUUCUAUCAAUUCCCUCCCUGAGUCACAGUGUCAUCUCUCAGACAAGUUUCCGGGCGGAGUACAAGUCCUCCGGAGGUCCGUCUGUCUUCCAGAAACCUGUCAAAUUUCAGGUUGACAUCGCCUUCUCUGAAGGAGAGAGAGAACGAGAGAGGGAGAAAGAGAGAGAAAGGGAGGGAAGGAGGGAGACCGGCAUCUACAGCGUCACCUUCACCCUAUUAUCAGGUCCUAGUCGCAGGUUUAAAAGAGUGGUAGAGACCAUUCAAGCUCAGCUUCUCAGUACACAUGACCAGCCCUCUGUGCAGGCGCUUGCAGAUGAAAAAAAUGGGCUUUCGUCUCGCCCACCCAGCACACCGACCCGGCAGAACUCUCGUCGCUCGGAGGGCGGAAGUGAUUGCGGUGAGCGAGCAGAGCGCAGCGAUCAAGGAGAAGGGAGCAGUAUUGGCGGUAGUGUGAGUGUACUACAAAGAAAGGGGUCUGGCAAGGAUAAAACUCGCCUCCUGUCCUCAAAUGGGACCCAGUCUCAACCCUAAGUGAACUAAUCAGACAAGCUGUCGAGCGGGAGGGAACAAUCCCCGCUCUUGAUUCCCCCCAGACACGACUCCCUCAUAGUCCAUCUGCACAGUACAC